CACAUCUUUGAACGCAUGAGACAACGAUUAAAUUACACUUGAAGCAUAAGAAGUGGAAGGGACCAACUGCUUCAUCCACUUUAAUAUCUCUUAACAAAACGUCAUAUAUGAAAGGUAUCAGACCUGAUAACCCGACGGUUAGUCGUACGUUGGUACGCGAACGAACUGCACGCGAGUGAUUUAUAGUGGUGUAAAAGUUAAAAAUAUUUUGAAGAGGUUUAUUUAACACUAUAAGUGGAAACAAUGAUUACUUCAAUUCUCAACACUGUAAAGGACUCAAAAACAACUCACAAUUUAGUUUUUUAUGUCAAUGGGAGGGAGUUGUGGCGCAAUGAUCGCAGCCAUAUUGGAUUAGAUUUAAACUGAGAAAAGUAGUCUAUUGCUAUCAGUACUAGAUGACAAUGUCCAACCAGAAUGGACAUUAUUAUGGUACUUGAGAAAUAAAUUAUACCUAACUGGAACAAAAUUGGGUUGCGCGGAAGGUGGUUGCGGUGCUUGUACAGUAAUGAUCUCGAAGGUGGAUUUCAAAACGAAAAAUAUUUCACAUUUGGCAGUGAACGCGUGUUUAACACCCGUCUGUGCUGUGCACGGUAUGGCGGUGACCACAGUUGAGGGUAUUGGUAGCGUUAAAACGAAACUGCAUUCGGUACAGGAACGUAUCGCGAAAGCUCAUGGCUCUCAAUGCGGUUUUUGCACGCCGGGAAUCGUUAUGUCUAUGUAUGCUUUGUUACGAAGCACACCGAAACCUACAAUGAAGGAUCUUGAAAUUGCAUUCCAAGGAAAUCUAUGCAGAUGCACCGGGUAUCGUCCUAUCAUAGAAGCGUUCAAAACAUUCACCGAAGAAUGGGAACAGAUGCAAUUACUGUCAAAUCAUCAAGAAAAAUCAUUACCGAACGGAGUCUGUCCAAUGGGCGAGAAUUGUUGCAAAAAAAUCCCAAUCGCGGAGCCGGCCGAAGUUUUCAAUUCAAAAGAAUUCCGACCGUACGAUCCGUCUCAAGAAAUUAUAUUUCCGCCCAGACUGCUCACCGAUCCUUACUUACUCACCGAAUACUUAGUUAUUUCUGGGAAAAAUGUUACUUGGUUCAGACCGCGAAAUAUUACCGAGUUACUUUUUUUGAAGAACAAUUAUCCUAAUGCAAAGAUUGUCGUAGGAAAUACCGAGAUAGGUGUUGAGGUGAAAUUUAAACAUUUGUCCUAUCCGUGGCUUAUACAUCCGAUUUUGGUCGAGGAUAUGUGUACCGUUCAAGACAACGGAGAACUGUUGCAUCUGGGUGCCAGCAAUACGCUCGUUGACAUGGAAAAGGUAUUAAAACAACGAAUUGACGAAAGACCUGAACACGAGACACGAAUUUUUAGCGAAAUAGUUAGCAUGCUCCAUUGGUUUGCUGGCAAGCAAAUCAGAAACGUAGCUGCUGUUGGGGGAAACAUAAUGACAGGAAGCCCUAUAUCAGAUUUAAAUCCAAUUUUCAUGGCAGCAGGCGUGCAAUUAUGUCUUUCCAGCUACGGGAACGGAAAUAGAGUUGUCCCAAUGGAUCAUACUUUUUUUAAAGGCUACCGGCAGAAUAUAGUCUUACCAGACGAAGUUUUGAUUGCGAUUCGUAUACCCUUCACCAAAGAAAAUCAGUAUUUUGUGGCUUACAAGCAAGCUAGAAGACGAGACGAUGAUAUCGCUAUUGUGAAUAUGGCGCUAAAUGUAUUUUUCGAACCGGGAACUAACAUUGUACAGAAAGCGAGUUUGGCGUUUGGCGGAAUGGCUCCGACAACAGUCUUGGCGAGGAAAACUUGCGAAACUAUGAUUGGAAGACAUUGGGAUGAAAGUCUUCUCAACGAUGUUCAUUCUUCGCUGUUAGAUGAAUUGCCGCUUCCGGAUAACGUUCCAGGUGGUAUGGUCAAGUAUCGCAAAUCUUUAACUCUGAGUUUGGUCUUUAAAGGAUUUUUACGUAUACACGAAAAGCUUCAGUCAACAUUGGACAUUCGUCCAUCGUGGCCGGCGACGUUCGCAAGCGGCGCGGAAGGUUUUCAAGAUAAGGAACCGAGAAGCUCGCAAUAUUAUCAAAUGGUUUCAAAGGAUCAAGAAGCAAAUGAUUUAAUUGGAAGGCCCGUUGUACACGCGAGCGCUUUCAAGCAAGCGACUGGAGAAGCGAUUUAUUGCGACGACAUAAAGAAAUUGCCAGAAGAACUCUAUUUGUCACUGGUUUUGUCGACUAGAGCUCACGCGAAAAUUUUGAAAAUCGACGCGAGUAAGGCGAUGUUUGAGGAAGGUGUUGUAGCCUUUUAUAGCGCGCGAUGCAUACCUGAGAAGCAACGUUACUUCGGGCCUGUGUUCCACGAUGAAGAAGUCUUCGUGUCGGAAACGGUCACUAGUCAAGGUCAACCGAUCGGAGCAAUAGUCGCAGUCAGUCAGUCUAUCGCACAAAAAGCGGCUAGAAUGGUUACAGUUGAAUACGAAGAUAUUGAGCCAGCAAUCUUCACAAUAGAGGAUGCUAUUAAGUAUGGUUCUUUCUUCACUGAAAUUCCAAAACGUAUAAAGAAGGGAGAUCCAGAAAAAGCCUUCUCGGAAUCAGACCGCAUUAUAGAAGGUGAAAUUCGAAUGGGAGGGCAAGAGCAUUUUUACCUUGAAACGCAAGCUGUUUUGGCAGUUCCGAAGGAGGACGAGUUGGAGAUAUUCUGUUCCACGCAACAUCCCACGGAAAUACAGAAACUCGUUGCACAUUGUUUGAAUGUUCACGCUAAUAGAGUUGUGGUAAGAGUGAAAAGAUUAGGCGGCGGAUUUGGUGGAAAGGAAUCUCGCACUGCAGUUGUCGCUCUACCCGUUGCAUUUGCUGCUCAUAGAUUAGGGAGACCAGUACGUUGUAUGUUAGACAGAGAUGAAGAUAUGAUGAUAACUGGUACAAGGCAUCCAUUUUUAUUUAAGUAUAAAGUUGGAUACAAUAUGAACGGCUCUAUUAAAGUUCUGCAAGUGUAUAUUUAUAAUAAUGCUGGUUAUUCGAAAGAUCUUUCUCUUGCGGUUGUAGAACGUGCCAUGUUCCACUGUGAAAAUGCUUAUAACAUACCGGUAUGUGAUGUUUAUGGUAUUGUGUGUAAAACUAAUUUACCAUCUAAUACUGCGUUCCGUGGUUUCGGAGGUCCGCAAGGAAUGUUUGUCAUUGAGACUAUUAUUAGACAUAUCGCAGAAGAUUUAUCCCUAGAUCCUGUUAAGAUUGCGGAAUUAAAUUUGUAUAAAGAAGGAGACACGACCCAUUACAAUCAAAAACUUAUUAACUGCACAAUGAAACGUUGUUGGGAAGAAUGCCUUUUAUCCUCUAAAUACACUGAAAGGCUUGAAAAAGUUCGACAAUAUAAUGAACGUAAUAGGUAUAAGAAAAGGGGAUUGGCGGUAGUUCCAACCAAGUUUGGUAUUUCCUUCACAGUACUUUUUCUAAAUCAAUCAGGGGCGCUUGUACACGUUUAUACAGAUGGUUCCGUUUUGAUUAGUCACGGCGGUGUCGAAAUGGGACAAGGUUUACAUACAAAAAUGAUACAAGUAGCAAGUAGAGUAUUGAAGAUAAAUCCAGAGAAAAUACAUAUAAUGGAGACAGCUACAGACAAAGUGCCAAACACAUCUCCUACUGCAGCUAGUGCUGGUUCAGACUUGAAUGGCAUGGCUGUUUUAAAUGCAUGUGAAGAAAUUACAAAACGAUUAAAGCCAAUAAUAGAUAAAAACCCAAAUGGCACAUGGGAGCAGUGGGUAACUGCAGCUUACUUAGAAAGAAUCAGUCUUUCUUCCACUGGUUUCUAUAAAACACCUGACAUUGGAUACUCAUUUGAGACUAAUUCCGGAAAUCCGUUUAAUUAUUUUACAUAUGGUGCCGCAUGUUCAGAAGUAGAAAUUGAUUGUCUGACUGGUGAUCAUCAAGUAUUACAAACCGAUAUUGUCAUGGAUUUAGGUGCUAGUAUUAAUCCUGCAAUUGACAUAGGACAAAUAGAAGGAGGUUUUGUGCAAGGAUAUGGACUUUUUACUCUUGAAGAAAUGGUAUAUUUGAGAAAUGGGGCCCUUUUCAGUAGAGGGCCAGGUGCCUACAAAUUACCUGGUUUCACUGACAUUCCUGAAGUAUUUAAUGUGUCUUUAUUGAAAGGUGCUGCAAAUCCCAGAGCUGUUUAUUCGUCUAAGGCUGUUGGAGAACCACCAUUAUUCUUAGCAUCCUCAGUUUUCUUUGCUAUUAGAGAAGCCAUUAAGUCUGCACGUGCAGAAUUUCAAGACGCUGGUUAUUUCCGAUUUGAUUCACCAGCAACUGCAGCGCGCAUUCGGUUGGCAUGCAUUGAUGAAAUAACGGACCAGAUUUCAGAUCCAGAUCUGAAGACUCAGUGGAAUAUUGUUCCAUAAAAGGUAUCUUAUUCAACCGAAAAAUAAAAACGUUUACCGUCUUUUUUACUGUGAAAUAUUAAUACAUUGUAAAUAUAUAAAAAUUGUUAUAUUAGAACAUUUAUAUAAAAAGAAACGUAUUGAUUUUGUUUACUUAUUAUAAAUACACAUGUUGAGUUUGCACCAUAAAAUAAAAAAACAUUAAAAAAUUAAAAGAAAACUUUUUCAUACAGUUACGGUACAUGUCCAGUCGAGUGUUUUAGAACAAAUUAAUUUGUUCCAAAGCUGUGUUCAUUAUAGCGUUCGUUCGUUAUAGGAUACAUCACUGUAUAACAUAAUAUUCGAAUGAUAUACGUAUAGCAAAACUGAAUUGAUAAAUUAUGUACAGUAGGCCAUUAGAAAUAUUAAAUAAGCACAUAAUAAAGUAUGGU